GCGGCGCGCGCUAGAACAAAAAGUCGCCGCACGCUGCCACCGACAGCUCAGAGUUCGUUGCGAGUUCGGUUCGAGAGGAUCAAUUCAGAGACAGCAAAGCAAGUGUGUGCACAAUUUGUGAUAUUUUUGCCGAUUUUUAUCAGACAGACAACAACACAGGACAAGAUGGCCUACCGAUUCGCGUGCGUCCUGCUGACCGUGGCCCUGUGCGUUGCCCCGGCGUUGUCCUUCUCGGCCGGUGCUCCGGAUGGCGCCUGCGGAGACAUGAUCCCCCAGCAUCACACCGACCCGCAAAAAUCCGCCGCCCCCUACUCAAUUGGGCUGUCCAAGAAGCAGAUUCGCUCGGGUGAGGGCGUUACGGUGACCGUCAAGGGAAACAGCCCCAAGGACACGAUCAAGGGACUGCUGUGCCAGGCCCGCGUCGGCGAGACCCCGGUCGGAUCGUUCGACGUUCCGCCAAACAACAACUACGUCCAGACGCUGGCCUGUGGCAACUCCAAGUCGUCGGCCGUCACCCACAAGAAGAUCACCACCGCCCCCAACAGCAUCUCCUUCAACUGGGUUGCCCCGAAGGGACUGAGCGAAAAUGUCGUCAUGACCUGCACCAUCGCCCUGAACGGUGGAGUGUUCUGGGUUAAGGAGCGUGCGGUCGAUGCUCUGCGUGUCAACUAAGCUGAGCGGAAGAGUAUUUUUUUUAGUGUAGUUAAGUUACCGGAAAUCAAAACCCCCAUCAAACUACCACUAUUUCGACUACUGUCUGAGACAGGAAGUGUUUUUAAACGCAGAAGAGCCCUCAUCGUAGAUUUUUUUUUUUAAACAACCACACAUUUCAUUUUCAGUUUGACGUGUUGUAAGUUUUUUAUGUAUGAAAAGUAUUUCUGUUAAUGUGACAAUAAAUUAUGUUCUAUGUGUGUACAAAAUA